AUGGAGAACGGCACAGAGGGCAAGAACUUCUACAUCCCCAUGAACAACAGGACGGGGCUUGCGAGGAGUCCUUUUGAAUACCCACAGUACUACCUGGGGGAUCCAUGGCAAUUCAAACUGCUUGCUGUCUACAUGUUCUUCCUGAUCUGCACUGGCUUCCCCAUCAACGCUCUGACUCUGUUGGUCACAGCUCAGAACAAGAAGCUACGGCAACCUCUCAACUUCAUCCUGGUCAACUUGGCUGUGGCUGGACUGAUCAUGGUCUGCUUUGGGUUCACCAUCACCUUCAUAACUGCAAUUAACGGCUAUUUUAUUUUCGGACCAAUGGGUUGUGCCAUUGAAGGGUUCAUGGCUACUCUGGGAGGCCAAAUUGCUCUCUGGUCUUUGGUUGUCUUGGCUGUUGAGAGAUACAUUGUUGUCUGCAAGCCAAUGGGAAGCUUCAAGUUCACCGCAAGUCAUGCAGGAGCUGGAGUUUUUUUCACCUGGAUCAUGGCUCUCGCUUGCGCCGCCCCUCCACUGGCUGGCUGGUCCAGGUACAUUCCUGAGGGUCUGCAGUGCUCUUGUGGACCUGAUUACUACACCCUGGCCCCAGGCUUCAACAACGAAUCAUACGUCAUGUACAUGUUCACCUGCCACUUCUGUGUCCCAGUUGGAACCAUCUUUUUCACUUAUGGAAGCCUUGUGCUGACAGUCAAAGCUGCUGCAGCCCAGCAGCAGGAGUCAGAGUCCACCCAGAAAGCUGAGAAGGAAGUGACACGCAUGUGCAUCCUGAUGGUGAUGGGCUUCCUCGUGGCCUGGACCCCAUACGCCAGCUUUGCUGCAUGGAUCUUCUUCAACAAGGGAGCUGCCUUCUCAGCUACAGCCAUGGCUAUCCCUGCCUUCUUCUCAAAGAGCUCAGCAUUGUUCAAUCCUGUGAUCUAUGUGUUGAUGAACAAACAGUUCCGUAACUGCAUGCUGAGCACUAUUGGAAUGGGCGGUAUGGUUGAAGAUGAGACCUCAGUAUCAACCAGCAAGACAGAAGUGUCCUCUGUCUCUUAAGAAUAAUAACAACACUUCUCUGGACGUCCACCUUCCUGAUGUCUUCCGGAUUCUGAAUCUUGAAAUGGAAAUAAUAAGCGAAUGGAUACAGACAAAUGAUUUUUUCCGCAAAAAAUGGAUAUUAAUCUCAGAUACAUGCCAAUGGCAGCGUUAAACCAUGCACAUGCUUCAUUUUUUUGUGUGUGUCUUUGAUAAAAACAGGACUUCAACAUCAGAAACACAGUCUGAAGUUUUUUCUUGUAAAAAAUGUU